UCCCUGACGACUGCUGACCUUGGCAUGGGUUGGUAUGGUAUGGGAAGACAAAGAUCGGCCUUCCGCUUCGCAUUGACUGUCUAUUCCCGACAGGGAUCCGGGGGGCCCAGUGGAGUGAGCGAUCCACGGUUUCAGUACACUAUAAAUGGAAGAGCUCUUGGGACGCCUUUAUGCCAUGGACGUCUUCUCCUUGAAUCCUUGUGCCCAGUUCAACGGCUGCGUGAGCUUACCGAUUCAGUAUGGUUCUGAGGCCGCUCGAUCCCCCGCCCGAGGGAAACGGGGUUGACGGCGCCAGGACUGUGGAGAAAUCGGCCGUGCUGCAUCGAGACCUUCGGUACCGCUUCCAUUCUGUGGCAGGAGGUGAAGGCAACCACCUUGUGCUUGAGGAUGGCCGCAGGGUCUUUGACGCGUCAGGAGGUGCUGCGGUUGGUUGCCUUGGCUGGGGCAACGAGAGAGUUGCCCGGGCCGUGCUGAGGCAGAUGCUGGCUAUUCCGUAUUGCUCGACCGUCUUUUACACGACAAGGGCCCAGGAGGAGCUCUGCCGCUUCUUGGUCGACUCGACCAACGGAAAAAUGAGCCGUGCCUAUAUUGUGAACUCAGGCUCCGAGGCCAUGGAGGCGGCGGUUAAGCUCGCGAGGCAGUAUUUCCUUGAGCUACCCGAGCCCGAGAACAAGAGGGUCCGCUUUAUCUCCCGCAGGCAGUCCUACCACGGCAUCACGCUCGGUGCGCUAGCAGUGGGUGGUCACGAAUAUCGACGGGCAAAGUUCGAGCCGCUGUUGAUGAAGAACGUCUCCCGGGUGUCGCCAUGCAACGCUUUCCGCGGCAAGAUCGCGGGCGAGACCGACGAGGACUAUGUAUCCCGACUUGCCAACGAGUUGGAUAAUGAAUUUCAAACCGUCGGACCAGAGACGGUCUGCGCGUUUAUCGCCGAACCUGUCGUGGGCGCAGCCCUGGGAUGUGUUCCUUCAGUUCCCGGGUACUUCAAGGCAAUGCAGGCUAUCUGUCGAAAGUACGGCGCCCUCCUCAUCCUGGACGAGGUCAUGUGCGGCAUGGGCCGGACGGGGACCCUGCAUGCUUGGGAACAAGAAGGCGUCGUCCCGGACAUCCAGACCAUCGGCAAGGCGCUGGGUGGCGGGUACCAACCUGUCGCGGGAGUCCUGGCCAGUCACCGGGUGAUGGACGUGAUCGAGCGGGGCAGCUCCGUUUUCGUCCACGGUCACACGUAUCAAGGCCAUCCGGCCGGGUGCGCCGCAGCGCUUGAAGUGCAGCGGAUCAUCCGGGAAGAGAAUCUGCUGGCCAACGUGCAGGCCAUGGGGGCGCUGCUUGCCAAGCGACUGCGAGAACGACUGCAAGACCACCCCAACGUGGGCGACAUCCGCGGGCGGGGGCUCUUCUGGGGCGUCGAAUUUGUGGCCGACAAGAGUACGCUGGCGCCAUUCCCGGCCGAUGCACAUGUCGCGCCGGCAAUAUGCGAACGCGGCGUGGUCAAAUACGGAAUCAGCCUGUAUCCGGGCUCCGGCUCAGCCGACGGCAUCCGUGGCGACCAUGUUAUCAUUUCCCCUGCGUUUAACGUGCGCAGCGAGGAAGUCGAGUGGAUCGUCGAUGCGGUUGGCCGUCUUGUGGAUGACUUCUUUGCGGCUGGAAUUCCUAUUGGCGGGGCUUCCGCCUGAUGAGUUGAAAGCCGGGAGUUUUGUUGGAAACCGAUUCGACUGUUGAUGAGCAGGACUUGUCAACCAGCGAGGUGGUUGUUGGGAGUUGUCUGCUAGCUGAACAUCAGCUGUGCGGACCGAAAAUUACCGACGGGGACCGGGUAACGUAACCGAGGCCUUAGCACCUCAGAUGGGCCAGUUGGCAACAUGUUCCUGAGAGUGUAUAUUGUCUUGCCGCGCAAAGACAAAGUGGAAUCUCUAUCAUAUCAGUGUCAAGGCGUGGAAGACACAUUACGCACUACCCGAGGGCCAAAGGAAAAGUGGGUAUUUUCG